UAGCAGACAGGACGGCGAGAGCGCGCGGUGCCUGGGCCAGAGCGGCGCGCCCCCUCCUCUGCGCCGCGCCCGGAACCUUGGGCGCGCGGAACCUCAGUGCCCGAGCGCGGGAGCGGCGCACUCGGAGAGGGAUGGAGCGGACGCGCGGGCCGCGGGCAGAGGCCGACGCGCCUGAGGAGGAGGCGGGGGCUGCCAUGGCUGCUGUGGUGGUGGCGGCUGCGGGUGGCGCGGGGCCGGCGGUCCUGCAGGUGGCUGGCCUCUACCGGGGCUUGUGCGCGGUGCGCAGCCGCGCCCUGGGCCUGGGGCUCGUGUCACCCGCGCAGCUGCGCGUGUUCUCGGUGCGCCGCGGCUCCGGCCCGCCCGAGGGGGGCGCCGACGGCAGCGGAGUAGGGGCCGAGGCUGAGCUCCAGGCCAACCCCUUCUACGACCGCUACCGCGACAAGAUCCAGCAGCUGCGCAGGUCUGACCCAGCUGCUUUUGAGUCCCGCCUGGAGAAACGCAGUGAAUUUCUGAAGCAGCCAGUGGGGCAUUCCAGGCAAGGUGAUUUUAUCAAAUGUGUGGAACAGAAGACAGAUGCCUUGGGGAAACAGUCUGUGAGCAGAGGAUUCACUAAGGACAAGACUCUCAGUUCAAUCUUUAACAUUGAGAUGGUAAAAGAGAAAACUGCAGAAGAAAUAAAACAGAUUUGGCAGCAGUAUUUUGCAGCAAAAGAUACAGUCUACGCAGUUAUUCCUGAAGAAAAGUUUGAUUUGAUCUGGAACCGAGCUCAGUCCUGUCCAACAUUUCUGUGUGCUCUGCCAAGAAGGGAAGGUUAUGAGUUCUUCGUAGGACAAUGGACAGGUACUGAACUCCACUUCACUGCACUUAUAAAUAUUCAGACCCGAGGGGAAGCUGCAGCCAGCCAGCUGAUUUUAUAUCACUAUCCUGAACUUAAGGAAGAAAAAGGCAUAGUGCUGAUGACUGCAGAAAUGGAUUCCACAUUUCUGCCAAUGGGACACGUGGACCCAAUGGAAGUUCUUAGAAGACAGAGCCUUUGUCACCACCCACAAAGCAAAGGGUAUCCUCAGGUCCAAGCCCCUGGACACCAGCCCCAGGCCCAGCUGGCCAUGGCCCUGUGCCUGAAGCAGGUGUUCGCCAAGGACAAGACGUUCCGGCCCCGGAAGCGCUUUGAGCCCGGCACACAGCGCUUUGAGCUGUACAAGAAGGCACAGGCCUCGCUCAAGUCCGGCCUGGACCUGCGAAGUGUGGUGAGGCUGCCGCCCGGGGAGAACAUCGAUGACUGGAUCGCCGUGCACGUGGUGGACUUCUUCAACCGCAUCAACCUCAUCUACGGCACCAUGGCCGAGCGCUGCAGCGAGACCAGCUGCCCGGUCAUGGCCGGCGGGCCCCGCUACGAGUACCGCUGGCAGGACGAGCGCCAGUACAGGCGGCCGGCCAAGCUCUCCGCACCGCGCUAUAUGGCAUUGCUCAUGGACUGGAUCGAAGGUCUCAUCAACGACGAGGAGGUCUUUCCCACGCGUGUUGGAGUUCCCUUCCCCAAGAACUUCCAGCAGGUCUGCACCAAGAUCCUGACCCGCCUUUUCCGAGUCUUUGUCCACGUCUACAUCCACCACUUUGAUAGCAUCCUCAGCAUGGGGGCAGAGGCGCACGUCAACACCUGCUACAAGCACUUCUACUACUUCAUCCGCGAGUUCAGUCUGGUGGACCAGCGGGAGCUGGAGCCCCUGAGGGAGAUGACAGAGCGGAUCUGCCACUGAGCCCAGGUCUGGAUUCGUUGGCCAUCAGAUGGACGAUCUGAACACAGGGUGGCUGGCAGAGGGGACCCCCAGGAGCCUGAAGGAAUCUGAAGGCACUGGAACCUCUCCACAUACCCAAAGCCUCUGGACUUCUGGUUCUCAGGAGUCUGCCUACCUGUCACCCUGGCUGCUUAUGGGAGGAGAAGGGGAGAGCAUAUAGGCGGGCAGACAGAAGGGAAGUGGAGUUAAACCUCUGGCAUGAAGUCUGGGAGUAGGGUAGGCUAGGUGGUUUCUUCUGACACUUGACCCUUCCAUGCUGGUUCCCAGGCCUAUUGGAAGAAUGUGGGUGUGGCUGAGGUGACGACAAGAAAGAUGCAAGAGAGAGAGCAGUCUGCGUGUGAGUGAGCACAGAUGCCAGGGUGUGCGAGUGCGUGAUUUUCACUGUGGGAUGUGUCUGCAAGAGCUAGAGCUGCCUUACCCCUCCUUGGCACAUAGUAGGCCUUCCAUAAAUGUUGGCUGGAUGGCUAAAUAGAUUGGGACCAUCAGAUCAUGAGACCAUCAGACCAUGACCACUGUAGGAGUGAUGACAGGUCAGUGUCCCCUCUCAGUGUAUCUGACCAUGUGUGUAAGUGCACGAAAUGUGGUUGUGGAUGUUGCUCUACAUUCAGACCUUCCAGGCUACACUCUUCCAUCAGCAUGAGUCCUGGAGAGCUGGGGCAGGUAGGAAGUGGAGCCUUGCCUUGAGUUCUUAAACCCCGACCCACCGCAGACACAGGCUCUGAUUUUCUCACCCAGAGAUGGCCCACGAGCUGCCAUUUUACUCAUCCCUCUGCCCCCAAGAAGGCCUGAAUUCUAGGUAGCCUCUUGGGGGUUGGAGAUGAUCCCUUAAGUACACAAAGGUCCCUGGAUCCUUCAGCUGGGAAUCAUGUACUCCAGUCUAGCUCCCAGAAUCUACAGACCUGGCUCCUCAGAUCUGAAGCCCAGCAGAAAUUAAUCCUCUAGUCCAAGAAACUUGUGGAACUUGAAUUGGGAACUCUGGGGUCUUGUCUUCCAUCCCAGGACAUUGAAGAUGUAGGUGGUGAAUGGACUUUUCCAGGCAGGGAGAUCCUCCAUCCUAAAAGUACCUGCCUCCUUCCCAGCCAUCCCUGAGGCAUUCCAGCCAGCUGGAUCUCAGAGCACAGCUUUGCACAGGGAGACUGGGAUGUUCAUUCAGCACUCCAUUACUCCUUUCAUCCAUACACAACCCUAUGUUCAGACCCACAGGUGGGGAAACUGAGGCAGGAACAGGCUUCUGCCCUCUCAGAGCCUCCGCUCUGGGAGGCCAGAAUGGAAAGCCAGAAGGGACCUGGGAAUCAUCCAGUCUCAGUGUCUCAAUGUACACAGGAGAAAACUGAAGCCAGGAUAAGAGGAGGGAGAAACUGUCCAAGGCCUUACAGGGAGGCGUUCAUGGAGCUGGAGAAACCAGAGAUCCUGACCCCAGGGCCCAUCAAUUGCUACACAGAGAUACACCUGGAAAGAGGGUUUAUCAGGCCCUCUUCAGGACACAACUGUUCCUGCUUUGAGCAAUAAUUUCUAACCUGAUGCCAACAUGCCCCACUGCCCCUUGGGUUGGCUGGGGUUGUUUCCUGAGCCAAGCAUCCAAUAUCAUGCCCCUCUCUGUGGCCUAGAAGCUGCCUGCACUUUGGGGAAACAGACAGAGCUCUUGGGGCCAGCCAGCUGGGCCUGGGACUUCUGCCUCUGCCACCUCCAGAGUGGCCUGGCAGCUUCGCCAGAGGCUGUGGAGCGAGGGUAGUAGGAGCUUUCCCCAGAGUGCUGUGGCUUACAAGAUGAAUUCUAGGCUAUGGCAAGGGCUGAUUUCUGGGAUAGGGGAGGGUGGGAAAAUUUAUUUUUAUGAAACAGAGGGAAAACUUUAUUGUUGUUAUUUUUCGUAAAAUAAAAGACAAACUAAAGCA